GUGACGCACAGUAACGGGUGACAAAAAUCGUCCAUGGUGAACUCUUAAUUUCAUUCGACGGUAUAUUUUGAGUGGCAUUUAAUCUAUACAUUAUGGGUGACUCUGACGACGAGUACGACAGGAAAAGGAGGGACAAAUUCCGCGGGGAAAGAACGGAAUCUUAUUCGAGAGAGGGUCGUCGAGAUGACAGAAGGAGGGACGACUGGGUGGAUAGUGAUUAUUCUAGGGAGUGGUCUAGCCGUCCUAGGCAACGACCAGAUUAUAGAGAGUACCGUGGAGGAGGAGGUGGAGGACGCGAUAGAUAUAGCCCUGCAAGGUCUCAGGAGAUGGCACCUCCUAUGAAAAGAAUGAGAGCAGAUUGGGACGAUCGGCCAAGGUAUGGCCAUGAUUAUUAUGGAGGUGGAGGAGGUGGUGCAACCUCUUGGGGUCCUGAUCAUUAUCCACCUCCCCAUCAUGGUAAUCAUCACUAUGGAAACCAUGGUAACAGCAGCAGUCGAGAGGUGGCUGGUAACUUCAGCAAUUCCAAUGUUGAAACUCAACCGCCAAUGAUGUCGUUCAAAGCGUUUCUCGUAACUCAAGAAGACACGAUUACCGACGAAGAAGCUAUUAAACGAUAUAACGAAUAUAAGUUGGAAUUUAGAAGGCAACAAUUGAACGAAUUCUUCGUUGCACACAAGGAUGAAGAAUGGUUCAAAAUAAAGUAUCAUCCGGAAGAAUCGGUGAAGAGAAAAGAUGAACAAGUAGCAGCUCUGAAGAAACGUGUUGAAGUUUUCUUGGAAAUGCUCGAUGUUGAAGAAAUAGAUAAAGUUUCCGUGGAUGCCGAUCAGGCUGACAUUUUGCUGCACCUACUAGAUGCGGUGGUUAUUAAAUUGGAGGGUGGUACGGAAGAAGAUUUACAAGUUCUAGAUGUAAAACCAGCGAAUACGAUUAUGUCUAAAGACACGAUUAAGGAUAAGGAAGACACAAAGGGUAAACUUGCGUUUGAUAGAAAGGUCGACAGCGAUGCGAAUAAACCGGACGAGGUUCUACGGAUGGAGAAAAAUUUUAAAAAUGGACAGAAUGUAGACACUGAAAUGAAAAGUACAGCAAAAGAUGAGGCUUCGAUGGAAGAGGUUGAAAAACCAGAAGAAAAUACUGAAGAGGCGAAAAAGGAGGACGAUAUGGAUGGUGCAGGUAAACCGGAGGAAAUUAAUACUAAAAAGAGAAAACGAACUGACAGUAACAGCAGCAGCAGCAGUAGCAGUAGCACCAGUAGUUCUUCUGGCAGUGACAGUAAUAAACCCGAUACGCCGAAAACGGAAACUCAUAUAACUGAGAAGGUGGAUACCAGUAACAAAAAUGCAGAUGCAGAAGAAGGUAAGGAAGACGGCCAAGAAGCUAAAGCAGACAACGAACAACCAGAAGCUAAAAAGUCCGCUAUAGAACCUGAAGCGGUGAUCGAUUUAGCUAGCGAAGAUAAGGAAAAAGAACCUAGAGCCUUGCACAAGACUAGUAGCAUCUUCCUUCGUAAUUUAGCACCCACCAUAACGAAAGCAGAAGUUGAAGCGAUGUGUAAACGUUUCCCUGGAUUUUUACGAGUUGCUAUAGCAGAUCCUCAACCAGAGAGAAGAUGGUUUAGAAGAGGAUGGGUGUCUUUUGAAAGACAAGUGAAUAUAAAAGAAAUAUGCUGGAGCUUGAACAAUAUUCGAUUACGGGAUUGCGAACUUGGUGCUAUAGUAAACCGAGAUCUAUCGCGCCGCAUUCGCACAGUUAACGGUUUAACUUCUCAUAAACAAAUAGUCAGGCACGAUAUCAAAUUAAGUGCUAAGAUCGUGCACAACUUGGACAAUAGGGUUGGUUUGUGGAAUGAUGACAAGAAAGACGACAAUACGUUUAAACAAGAGGACGAUAACAAGGAGAAUAAAAGCACUCAAAAUGUACAUGAUGUAGAGCAAGCUGCAUUUGGAUUAUCGUCCAAAAAUCCAGUAUUGAAGAACAUCACUGACUAUCUAAUAGAAGAGGCAUCGGCCGAGGAAGAAGAAUUACUAGGUAUGUCCGGUGAUCAAGAAGAGGGUCAAUUGGGAGGUGACGGUGACGGUCCAAUCGAAAGAGAUCCAACACUUAUUAAGGUGUUAGAUAGAUUGAUUCUUUAUUUAAGAAUAGUUCAUUCAGUCGACUAUUACAAUCACUGUGAAUAUCCUAACGAGGACGAAAUGCCAAAUAGAUGUGGAAUAAUGCACGUCAGAGGAUCUCCUCCGACCGCUAAAGUUUCUAGCACGGAAUUAUCAGAGUACUGCCGCAAUUUCGAAAGCAAAAUGGCAGCGUUCUUGCAACCAGUCGCUACCUUGUCUCAAGAAGAAUUUGAUAAGCUGGGUGCUAAGAACGCUGAAGCUGAGGUUGAAAAAUUCGUUCAGGCGAAUACCCAAGAGUUAUCGAAAGAUAAAUGGCUGUGUCCACUCAGUGGUAAGAAAUUCAAAGGACCAGAUUUCAUCCGGAAACAUAUUUUUAACAAGCACGCGGAAAAGGUAGCGGAGGUGAAAGCGGAAGCGGAAUAUUUCAACAAUUACCUGAGAGACCCAAAGAGACCGCAACUUCCAGAACAUCCAGGGAAUAAAGCACCACCGAGAGAAAGCAUACGCGAAGGGUUCACUCCUUACGGAUGUAGCACAUUUGGAAGCUACGGAGCUGGUUACGGUGGCAGCAGAGGAGGAUAUGGGUCCAGUUAUGGAGCAGGUUUCGGUGGAGGAUUUGGAAUGCCACGUUCCAAUCGUGGUGGUUUCAACAGAGGACGGGCUGCACCGGACUCAACUUCGAGGCCUAUUGUUAGUUAUAAUGAUUUGGAUCAGCUAGACAUGGACAUGUUCUAAGUUUUGUCAAGUUCCACUCGAGUUUUUCGUGCUAACGUAUAAAAACGAAUGAGACAAAUUUUAAACAAUAUCGGACUUACGUGCCAGCAGAUUUAUAUCUGGAUUAUGUAACACAGGGUGUAAUAAGCGAAACCAAAUUGCCGGCCAUCUAACGCAAUGUGUUACAAAAUCAGCACACUUCUUAUCUUUUUAACACGAGCUAGUCUUGACGACUCAUGUACAUAACGAGAAAGAAAGUAUAUACAUAUAUAAUUAUAACGUGUAUUUUAGUAAAAGGAAGAAAAAAAAGAGACUUCUCGUACCGC